AUGCCACCAAUUCGCACUGCAAAGGCAAAAAAAGCCCUCGAAUUAGAGGGCAAGAUCGAAGCUGCAAUUUCUGCUUACAAAAAGAAGCAAAUUCCUUCAAUUAAAGAAACUGCGCGUCUUUUUGGUGUGCCAUAUACUACCCUACAGUCUCGACUUAAGGGACGCCCUGCAAGAGUCAAUUUACGCGCAAAUUCACAUAAAUUGACUGCAAAUGAAGAGGAAACGCUUGUCAAGUGGAUUCUGGACCUAGAUAAGCGUGGAUUACCUCCUCGACCUGCUUUUGUUGAAAAUAUGGCUAAUCAUCUUCUAUCUCAACAUAGCAAGAUAAUCCGCGAGUGGUUUGACUGCUUUCACGAGAAGAUUCUGGAGUAUGGGAUUCAGCCGGAUGAUAUAUACAACUUUGAUGAGGCUGGUUUUGCCAUGGGCCUCUGUGCAACUUCAAAAGUUAUUACAAGGAGUGAUGUUUAUGGCCGUCCAAAGCUUCUACAACCUGGUAAUCGCGAAUGGGUUACAGCAAUUGAGUCAGUUUGUGCAACAGGAUGGAGCCUUCCUACCUAUAUCAUCUUCAAAGCAAAAGAACUUCAAGACGCCUGCCUAAGAUGGCUCAAAAAUCAAUUCAUUCCUGAGACAGAGAAGCGCAGGAAAGGUGCAUAUCGACUACUAGUUCUUGACGGCCAUGGAAGCCAUCUUACACCUCAAUUUGACGAACUCUGCGCCCAAAACAAUAUUAUCCCGAUUUGUAUGCCUGCACACUCAUCACAUCUUCUACAACCUCUUGAUGUGAGCGUUUUUGCACCUCUAAAGUAUGGAUAUGGCAACCUUGUUCAGCAGCAGAUGCAGCACGGCUUCAAUCACAUUGCAAAGCUUGACUUCUUAGAGGCAUAUCCUGCAGCAUGCGCAGAAGCCUUUAAGGCUCAUACUGUUCAAAAUGGCUUUAUAGCCACUGGGAUUCAUCCAUUUAAUCCAGACCGAGUUAUUCAAAAGCUCCAUAUUCAACUUAAGACGCCUACACCACCAGGAAGUCGAUCCAGUAACUCACAGUCAUCCUGGGGCUUACAGACGCCUCAUAAUCCUUGUCAACUACAGCGGCAAGCAACUGCAGUCAAGAAACUUAUAGAGCAAGGUCAUACAAGUCCUUUAAGUUGGUUUAAUGAAGCAUUUAAUCAAAUUACAAAGGCAUGUGAAUCCACCAUGAUUCAAGCAGCGAUAAUGAAGAAGGAAUAUCAGGAUUUACUUGCUGCACAUGAGAAGGAGAAGCAAAAGCGUCAAAGAUCCAAGAAGAAGAUACGUCAUGAAGGAGGAAUUACUAGAGAAGAAGCGCAGGAUCUCAUAAGGUCAAGAGAUCAAGUUAUUGAACCUCCAGUAAAUGAUCCUCCACAGUCUCAAUUACCGGCCUCUCCACCGCGCAUAAUUGAGCUUUAA